GCAACAUUAGGAGCUGGAGACUGGAGUAGAGCAGUGCUGGAAAGAAACAGAAAGCUUGCAAAGCAGGACUGGUUAAAGUGAAGCAAGGCAGGGGGAGGGCAGAGUAGGAUGGAGUGUCACUUAUCCUAUCGGGCUUGAACAGAGCACAGCACCACUGGCUGGACCAGGGGCUGACUGGACUGAACUGGACUGUCAUCAGGGCAGACACUUUAUUUCAGGUUGACUGGGAUAAACAAGGGGAAGGCCUACACUUCUGGACGAGAUCAGGCUGGACUAGGAGUCAAAAGCAGUGGAUUAUGGGUUGUUCGGCCAGUGUAGUCCUGCUCCUGCGCUCAGUGGGCGGCACUGACUGCGGUCACAUGUGUUCGCGACAGGACCAGAUGUCAUUGGAUGCUGCCACUCCCACCCUGGAGGGUUACACCACUACCACCUCACCUCUGACCAUCAUUGUAAUGCAGGAGAAGCCAAAGCAGAUUGAUCCUCUUGACUAUGAGACGGUCAUCUCUGAACUUGGGGACGAGUUGAAGGAAGACCCUCUCAGAGACCUGCUCCUAUUCCCCGACCAUGAUUUCUCGGUAUCCACUGUGCCUCAGGAGAGACGGACUCUCAAGUCGACUGUUCCUGAGGGGGCAGAACUACAGGCUGAAUGUCUGCUGGUCAGACAGGCCUGUAAGUAUUACAACUCUGAGCUAAAUGUGGUUCAUUUCAAGUAUGACGACUACGCUGGAGACUACCGCCUGCUGCCCAGGAAACUGUACAAAGCAGAGAAGCUGCCAUCCCAUUCUUUUGAGAUUGACCAUGAGGACAUUGACAAGGAUGAGGAUACCACCUCGCUGUCCUCGUCCAAAGGAGGAGGGGGUGGUGGUGGUGGAGGAGGGAUCGGUGUGUUUCGGUCAGGGUGGCUCUACAAAGGGAACUUUAACAGCACCGUCAACAAUAGCAUCACUGUUCGGUCGUUCAAGAGGAGAUAUUUUCAGCUCACCCAGUUGACGGAUAACUCCUACAUCAUGAACUUCUACAAAGACGAAAAGAUCUCAAAGGAACCCAAAGGGUGCAUCUUCCUUGACUCUUGCACUGGUGUGGUACAGAAUAACCGUCUGAGGAAACAUGCCUUUGAGCUGAAGAUGAACGAGGUUACAUACUUCGUGCUGGCCGCGGAGAGCGAGCAGGACAUGGAGGAGUGGAUUAGCACGUUGACCCGCAUCUUACAGAUCAGUCCCCACGACGGUCCUGCUCCUGACCGCAAGAGUCUGGACCUUACUGACCAUCGGCAGGAUGUAUUUGACCUGUCGUUGAGUGACAGCUGUUUGCAGGAGAAUGAAGAUACUACGACAGAGAACGGCAUCAAUCCAGAGCUUGCAAAGUAUAUCUCUGAGACCGAUGAAGGAAUUCGCUCUGCUCGGAGAGAAGAGAGGUUGAAUCUGUUCUCGCUGGACCCUGAUACUCCUGUUCUGAGGAGCCCGCGGGCCGAACAUUCAUCAGUUGAUAAUGCAUCGGUGCGUCCGUUUGAGGAGAAACUUGGCAGAAGGUUUAUGAUAACCUGCCGAUCGCUCAACCUCAUGCUACAGGGCUGCAUCAACGAGAGUGAAACUGAACCGGUCACUAAUAUUGAACCCUUCUUCGUGUCGCUGGCUCUGCUGGAUGUACGAGAAGGGAGAAAGGUGUCCGCAGACUUCCACGUAGACCUCAACCACGAGGCUGUACGCCAGAUGCUCGGAGGCUGCAGUAACGGGACAGUCGGUCCUACGACCGGAGUUGGAGGUCAGGAGAAUGGCCUGUGCUCUCCUGCUGAGAAGAAGCCAGGAGACUGUUGUCUCAGCCCGGACCUGGAGCACUGGCUAUGCUUUCCUAAACAGGCCAUCUUCUCAGUCACCAACCCCCACACAGACAUAGUGAUGGUGGCAAGAGUGGAAAAGGUGCUGAUGGGAAAUAUUGCUUGUGGGGCAGAACCUUAUAUCAAGAAUACAGACUCCAGCAAGACUGUUCAGAAGAUUUUGAAAUCCAAUAAACAUUUCUGUAGUAAACUGGGAAAGUACCGGAUGCCAUUUGCCUGGUCCGUCAGGUCAGUGUUUAAGGACAACCACGGGGCACUGGACAGAGAGUCUCGUUUCUCGCCUCUUUUCAAACAGGAGAGCAACAAGAUUUCCACAGAUGACUUGAUUAAGCUGGUAACUGAGUACAGGAGGGCUGAGAAGACCAGCAAACUGCAGACUAUUCCUGGGACGCUGGAAAUCACAGUCGACUACAUUCCAUUGGAGCAUCCUAACUGUGUGACAUCCUCCUAUGUCCCGGUGAAGCCCUUUGAAGAACUGAGCAAACACCAGCCUACUGUGGAGGUGGAGGAGUUUGUCCAGGACACCACCAAGUUCACGCAGCCGCACCGCGUCUACAGAAACCACAUCUACGUCUACCCUAAACACCUGAAAUAUGACAGCCAGAAGAGCUUCGCCAAGGCUCGUAACCUCUCAGUCUAUGUGGAGUUCCGCAGCUCAGACGAAGAAGUUGCCAAACCUUUAAAGUGCAUCUACGGCAAGCCGGGGGGGGCAGUCCUCACCACAGCAGCCUGUUCUACAGUCCUGCAUCACUCCCAGAACCCCGACUUCUAUGAUGAGGUGAAGAUUGAGCUUCCGACUCAACUUCAUGAAAAGCACCACCUUCUUUUCUCCUUUUACCACGUCACCUGUGACAUCAACGCGAAGACGAGUGCCAAGAGGAAAGAAGCCCUGGAGACCCCAGUGGGGUAUUCUUGGCUGCCUCUCCUCAAAGAAGGCCGCCUGUCAUCCCAGGAGUUCAGCGUCCCCGUGUCCUGUAACCUGCCGCCUGGAUACCUGGCCAUCAAGGAAGCCAGCAACACCAAGAAUGGAGCAGAUGUGAAAUGGGUCGAUGGAGGAAAAGCUAUCUUCAAAGUGUCCACCAAUGUCGUCUCCACAGUAUACACUCAGGACCCCCACCUGAACCGAUUCUUCCAGCAGUGCCAGAAGAGAGAGCUGGACCUCUCGCUACCUCCUACCUCCAACUUCCUCAACUGCCUGAAGGGUCUUCUCAGUAUGGAGAGGAUCCCAGUGAUCAUCCGAUUUCUGCCAGUGCUCUUCAACCAGCUGUUCAAGGUCCUGACUCAGAAUGACAAUGAUGAGGUCACUACUGCCACCUCUAGAGUGCUGGUCCACAUUGUUGCAAAGUGCCAUGAAGAAAACCUUGAUCACUACCUGCACUCCUAUAUCAAGUAUGUGUUCAAGUCUGAGGCCCACGGGUUCAGGACAGUUCACGAGGAGCUGGCUAAGGGGAUGACCUUUGACCUGAAGAGCAAUGAGCAGGCAGCAGUCAGGAAUGUCCUGAAGUUCUGCUGGUUCUUCUUUGAGCUGAUUGUCAAAUCCAUGGCCCAACAUCUGGUCGACUGUGACAAGGUAAAGCUUCCGAGGCCCCAGCGCUUCCCCUCAUCCUACCUGAGCCGCGUGGAGACCCUGGUGGAGACGGUGUCCGAACACAUCUUCUGGAAAAACAAAGACCUGGCAGAAGAGACACGCAGUGCCAACUUAGCUGUGGCAGCUUUUGUCAAGCGUUGCUUUACCCUCAUGGACAGAGGCUUCACAUUCAAACUGAUUAGCAACUACAUAAACAUGAUCACCGCUACUGACAGCAAGGUCUUGUGCGAGCUGAAAUUUGAAUUCUUGAGAGAGGUGUGUAACCACGAACACUACAUUCCUCUCAGCCUGCCGUUACCCUCUGCUCGCAUCACAGACCAUGCAUCCCUAGAGCCACAAAGUACUCAUGUGUCGGUGCCCGAGUACAACCUGACUGGAGAGUUCUGCAGAAAGCACUUCCUGACUGGCCUGUUGCUACGGGAACUGGGGCUGGCACUCCAGGACGAGCAGGACCUAAGACACGUAGCCUUGGCCACCCUGAAGACGCUCAUGGCCAAACACUCCCUGGAUGCGCGCUAUGCCACCAAGGAGAAGCAGGCCAGGAUUGCAUCUCUUUACCUGCCUCUGUAUGGCCUGAUCCUGGACAACAUGCCUCGAUUCUUCCUCAGGGACCUCUUCCCCAUCUACUUCACUUCUAGUGACCAAUUAUUACCACAUAUGAUGUUACGGGCGGCUGUUGCUCAGGUGGUAAAGCGGUCGCCUGCCAAUCAGAAGGGCUCUCGAGAUGACCUCAGUGUAGGAGGGGGAGUGGCGGGAGGGGCGAUUCCUGUUACUCGCCAUGGCAACUCUGUAGAUGCCUCCUUUUCCAAAGAAGUUCUAAACUCCAUCACAGCCUUCUCGUCCUUGGCAGUUGCCACAGGUAACCAGGCCGACUCUCGGGGUUCUCUGAUCAGCGUGGACUCCAACCCUAGCAACAGUGACAGGAACAGUGAGAAAAUGGACGGAUGUGAGAAGUUUGCACGGCCGCAGUCCCUCAUAGGCUACGGUUCUCGUUGUGACAAGCUGGACCAGGCGGAGACCCGCAGUCUCCUCAUGUGCUUUUUGCACAUCAUGAAAACCAUAUCUGAGGAUGUGCUGGUGUCCUACUGGCACCGGGCCAUUCACCAGGAGAUCUCAGACUUCUUUAACAUCCUGGAGCUGUGUCUCCAGCACUUCAGGUUCCUCGGAAAGCGUCACAUAGCCAGGAAGCUAGCAGCGGCAGUAAAGCUGGCCCAGUCCACCCAGGCCAAUGGCACCCUGAAGGGCUCUAACCACCCCUCCCACACCUCAAGCCUCUUCCCACAAUGGAUGGCAUCAUCUGGAGGGGACGGUCACCGACAUGCUCGCUCCCAAACCAUGCCCAUCAUCAGGGGAAAGAAUGCUCUAACCAACCCAAAACUGCUGCACAUGAUGGAGACAGAUGGGAAUAUUCAAGAAGGAGACACCCUAAGUCCUACAGAUAUUGAAGCAAACAUGUCCACUGAGGUAGCCCUCACUGUGCUGGAUGUACUGGAGCUCUUUGUUCACCAUCACAAGAAGCAGCUGUUGCUGGAUGAAGGACAAAAUGCACUUAUGAAGAAGGUGCUGGACACCUACUUGCUCUUCUUCCAGAUCAACCAAUCAACCGCCACUCUACGGCAUAUCUUCGCUGGACUGAGGCUCUUUGUACAAAAGUUCCCCAAUGCAUUCUUCCAGGGUAAGGCAGACCUGUGUGGCUGUCUGUGCUAUGAGAUCCUCAAGUGCUGUAACCAUCGUUCCAGCUCCACCCAGACGGAGGCAGCUGCCCUGCUGUAUUUUUUCAUGAGAAAAAACUUUGAGUUUACCAAGGGCAAGUCAAUAGUCCGCUCACAUCUGCAGGUUAUCAAGGCAGUGAGCCAGUUGAUAGCAGAUGCUGGCAUUGGAGGCUCGAGAUUUCAGCAGUCCCUGGCUAUCAUCAAUAAUUUCGCCAACGGAGAUGCACCACUAAAGAACACUCCGUUCCCUGCUGAGGUAAAGGACCUGACCAAACGGAUCAGAACGGUUCUGAUGGCCACAGCCCAAAUGAAGGAGCAUGAGAAGGAUCCAGAGAUGCUGGUGGAUCUUCAGUAUAGUCUGGCUAACUCCUACGCCAGCACCCCCGAGCUUCGGUGCACCUGGCUGGAGAGCAUGGCCAAGGUUCACGUCCGCAACGGCGAUCUCUCAGAGGCUGCCAUGUGCUACAUCCACAUCUCAGCCCUGAUCGCUGAAUCGCUGAAGAGGAGAGGCUACUGGAGAGCUGACAAGGCCAGGAUGUCCACUGUGUCCCCUGAAGAAAGCCCUGUCUUUAACUGUAGCUCCUUACUAACUACCUCCCGAGAUCAAGACACGUCGUUCUCUAUGGGUUGGGCAGCGUUUAUGUGCAUCAGCCCUAAUGUCAAGGAGGAGGGUGCCAUGAAGGAAGACACUGGUACACAAGACACGCCCUAUACUGAGGACACUUUGGUAGAGCAGCUGGAGCUGUGUGUGGACUACCUGUGGAAGUCAGAAAGAUACGAGCUCAUCGCUGACAUCAACAAACCUGUGAUUGCUGUCUUUGAAAAGAGAAGGGAUUUUAAGAGGCUGUCGGAGCUGUACUAUGACAUCCAUCGCUCCUACCUGAAGGUGACUGAGGUGGUGAACUCAGAGAAGCGGCUCUUCGGUCGCUACUACCGCGUAGCUUUCUAUGGACAGAUCGCGGGUUUCUUUGAGGAGGAGGAGAGCAAAGAGUUCAUCUACAAAGAGCCGAAGCUGACAGGGCUGUCGGAAAUCUCCCAGAGAUUACUCAAACUCUACUCAGACAAGUUUGGAGCCGAUAAUGUCAAGAUGAUCCAGGACUCCAAUAAGGUAAAUCCCAAAGACCUGGACCCCAAGUUUGCCUACAUUCAGGUGACGUACGUGGUGCCCUACUUUGACGAGAAAGAACAACAGGAAAAAAGGACAGAUUUUGAGAGACAUCACAACAUCAAGCGCUUUGUGUUUGAGACUCCGUUCACUCUGUCAGGCAAGAAACAUGGAGACGUGGAGGAGCAGUGCAAGAGACGCACCAUAUUGACCACGAGUUCCAGCUUCCCCUACCUAAAGAAGCGUAUCCAGGUGGUGGAACAGCAGAGCACAGAGAUGAACCCGAUUGAGGUAGCAAUCGAUGAGAUGUCACGUAAAGUCUCUGAGCUCAACCAGCUCUGCAACAUGGAGGAGGUGGACAUGAUCCGGCUGCAGCUGAAACUGCAGGGCAGCGUCAGUGUCAAGGUGAAUGCCGGGCCCAUGGCCUAUGCCAGGGCGUUUUUAGAGGAGAAGAAUGCCAAGAAAUACCCAGACAACCAGGUCAAACUGCUCAAGGAGAUCUUCAGGCAGUUUGCAGAAGCCUGCGGUCAGGCUUUGGAUGUGAAUGAGCGUCUGAUCAAGGAGGACCAGCUGGAGUACCAGGAGGAGAUGAGAGCCCACUACCGGGACAUGUUGACUGAGCUGUCUGGCAUCAUGAAUGAACAGCUACAAACAAGUGUUCUUGCUGCCAGCACCCCCUCUCUCUCUAACAGCUCUCUGUCCACUCUUUCUAAGACCGAUUCCUCACACAAGACAACCAGGAACGGAACGGCACAGCGCCUACUAAAUGGCCAAUAGACUCUCAAGAAAUCCUUUGUGCCAGGGAGGACAUUUUGUAAACCCCCACC